AAUGGAAUAGAAGAAUUAAAACUGCAACAGAAAUCACCAUUGGAAAUAUGUCUAAUUUAAAUGAGACAACAAAGCAAGAUUCGUGUAUGAUUAGCGCUUAUAAACAUCAACUUUCGCAGAUAAAAGAAGCUUUAAAAAAAUGUGAAAACGAGGAAGAUCUUAUUAAUUUACAAAGUUUACAAAAUGAUUUAACAGAACUGAUUCAACUUGCAUGUUUAGAAGAAGAAAGUCAAGAAAGCUUGAGUAGUGAAGAGACAUCUGAUAUAAAUUUAGAUGACUUCAAAAAUACAUUUCAAAGUUUAAUAAACGAAAAAUGUCGAGCUCCAUUUAAAUUGAAAGGACAAAAUGAAAAUUACUACAAUGCCUUUAUUGCUGAUGUUAAGAAUAAAACAUCUGAAGGAGAUGUUAUUGUCCAAGUGUUUUUCCUCAAUCCUAUGGAAGAUAAAAUGAAAGCUUGUGACUAUUUUUUCUCAAACACCUGUACAUUUGAAGACAAUUGCAGAUAUUCGCAUGGGACACUUCUUCCUUAUUCAGAUCUUAAACCAUAUCAUUCCUCAAAUUAUUCACUCUUGAAGAAAGGAUGUCAUGCAUUGAUAAAAACAGAAGCAGGUCUUUGGAAACCUGGAAUAAUUAUGGAGUGCAAUGAAGAUUCAAGAACAUGUCGAGUGAAAAUGCAGAAUGGAGGAAAAGUGGUUGAAAAUUGUUCAUAUUCUGAUAUUUUACCUCCCUUGGAUAACGAUUCUGAUUCUUCGGACUUGUCAUCUGAUGAUAGCGACGAAGAAAGUGGUAAAUUUCAAUCUUCAUCCGUUUUCAUAAUCGAAGACAAUUUUGGAGAAUGGGAAAAGUAUACAAUAGGUUUUGGAACAAAAAUGUUAGCUAAACUUGGAUUCAUAAAUGGACAAGGAUUAGGAAAAAACAGCGAUGGAAUUACUCAACCAGUAUCAGCAAAAAUGUAUAUUCCUGGAAAAUCACUAGAUUUUAAUAUGGAACAUAAUGAGAACAAAGGUCAGAAAACUGUCGAAGAGAAAUUAAGACGGCAAAGUUUAAAACACCAAAAGCGAAACGAAAGAAUUCAAAACAGGGGAAAUGACGUUUUUGAUUUCAUUAACACUAUUGGAAGCAUAAAUUCACCAACUCCUGGAAAUAGCAAAAAAGAAGGUUUCGAAGUUAAAACUCAAUCAGCGGCACAGUUAAAUAUUAAAAACUUCAAAAUUGAGGAAGAAAUUAAAAAAGUUAUCAAAUCUUUAAGUCAGCUUAAAGAAUCACUUAAUAGGCACAAAGGCGAUUCAAUUGCUUCAAAGAAUAUUCAAAAACAAAUCACCAGUAAACAAAAUGAAAUAAGAGAUCUUGAGAGACAAUUAUCAGAUGUGAACAAAGAACAGAUACAACAUAAAGACUUUUGUGAUCUAGGUAAUAAUGGCAUCGAUUUUAUUUUCCAUUUCCAGGCACUUGUGUUGUCAAAGUCUUCAGUAAUGAUGAAAUUAAUACCGUACGAUGUCUUGAGGGUCACAUUCAAUAAAAGAAAAUUCGGCGUAAUGAAGAAAGCAUACGAGCUAUCUGUGCUAUGCGACUGUGAAAUAGCAUUAAUUAUAUUUUCUAGCAGUAACAAAUUGUAUCAAUAUGCCAGCACUGAUAUGGAUAAAGUUUUACUUAAGUACACAGAAUAUAAUGAGCCGCAUGAAUCCCUGACCAAUAAAAACAUAAUUGAGAAAGAGAAUAAGAAUGGACAAAUGUCACCAGAAUCACCAGAACCCGACGACAGUUAUACAUUGACGCCACGUACCGAAGCGAAAUAUAAUAAAAUUGAUGAAGAUUUUCAAAUGAUGAUGCAAAGAAACCAACAGCUAACAUCAAACAGAAUGGGUGGGGGAGGAAGUUAUACACUUCCAGUCUCGGUUCCUGUUGGAUCAUAUAGUGAUGCAAACAUGCUGCAAGCUAGUCCGCAAAUGGCACAUCAAAACAUAAGUCCAAGACCUUCCAGCUCGGAAACAGAUUCAGUUUAUCCAUCUGGUGGUAUGCUUGAAAUGUCAAAUGGUUAUCCUUCAUCACCACUGGGUCCAUCGCCAAGUCCUAGUCCGGUUUUAGGUGGGCACCAUAAUAAUAAAUCACACCACAUAGUUCAUAAGCAACAUUCACCAGUUGGACCAUCAAGAAGUACAAAUUUAAGGGUUGUCAUACCAACACCCACGACAUCAAAUAUGAAUUCAGAUGAUUUAAGCUAUGCUGAGCAUAAUCGUCAAUCCUCAUCGACUCUCAACACUCCUGUUGUCGCAUUGCAAACUCCCAUACCAGGUUUGAAUAAUUAUCCUGUGAGUACGUUUGGAGCGCAAGAUUUUUCAAUGUCAUCAUCCGACUUAAACAUGAUAACAUCGUGGAAUUCAUCGCAUCAAAACUUGGGAACAUUGCAACAUACCAGGUAUGGAAUACCUCAUUUGGCUGUAUCGAAUAGCACGCCACCACCUUCCUCAUCAUCACCAGCGCCAGUCAAAAUUAAAGCGGAGCCAAUAUCACCACCGCGGGAUCAAUUGCUUAGUCAACAUCAGCAGCAAACAAUUGUGACUUCUUUAGGUGGAGGAACAUCGUCAGUAAUUGGUGGUGUUAGUCAUUCGUCAGCAUCGUCAUUAGGUAGCAAUUUGAAUCAUUCACAUAUGAUGAAUUCGCGACCAUCAUCGACGGGGGGACAUUUAACGCCUACACCUGGCUCCUCGACAAAUCCGACAUCUCCAGGUGACAUGCGGCACAGUCAAUCGAUUGGUUUAUCACAUCUUCCUGAUUAUGAUUCGCCGAAUGCUCCCCACACAAAACGACCGAGAAUAUCGGAAGGAUGGAGUACAUAGCCCGUCUUAAACACUCAAAACAACGGUGCUUCAGUCAACAACGCUCACCACCAUAAUCAGCAUCAGAAUAACAAUUAUUUGAGUGUCAAUCAAUUCCAGCAGAGCGUCAAAACAUCAGCUUCAACUGCUUUCAACAACAAUAAUAAUAAUAAUACUAAUGCGUCGCUUCAACCACCGCCAACAUCAGGCCCAACAACAAGUGACAACUUUUAUCAUCGACAUCACAUCACAAACAGUGUAAUAAAAAUGAGUGAACAAUACAAUACAAAUUGCAUCAGUUAUUGAUCGGAAUCAUUCUCUUAAGAUUUUCAUUGUUGAGUUCAAUUAUCAUUAUAAUUAAAUAAUGAGAAAAAAAAGAAGUGAAAACAAACAUCACAACUGAACUUUGACGUUUCUUCUUCUUCAACAUCAUUGUUGCUGGCAUUGUGCAAGAGAAAUAUUAGCAAUUUGACAAGAAGUGUGGAACAUUAUAAUAAUAAAAAAAGGUUAAAUAGUCAUUUACAUAUAUUUUUAUGUUUAGAUAAAACAAGAGAGAAAUUCAUAUAAUGUAAGUGCCAUUUUAUGGUGUUAUGUAUCUAAGAUAUAAUAAUAUAAUUCAUUAUAUCAUCGUUUGUCACGUUUUUACUUGAUCGCGGCAGGACAAAGUGAUUUUUUUCUUUUCUUUUUUCUUCUUUGUUAAGAAAUGUAGGUGAGCGUCAAAGAUAAUUGGAAAGUGAGCAUAAACAUGAUAGAUAAUGAUAAUUCCUGGUAGAUUUUAGGAUAUAAAAAAAAUAUAUAAAAUCAGAAAAAAAAUACUUCCGCCCUUAGCCAAAGUGUAAUUCUUAUAUCAAAAAAAACAAGUAAAAGUGGAAUAUGAAAACAUUUAUCGUAACUUUAAAUGCAUAAGUUGAAAAAUAAACCAACGGUGCACAUUUAAAAAAGCUUGUGAAGUGUAAAAACAUAAAGCUCUAGAAAUGUCCGAGCCUCCGUACUACGAAAAUCUUUGAUUGUCUUUUGUCACUUGUUCGAAACAAUGCUAAGACAAUUUAUUCAGAAGAUCGAUUGUUUAUAACGAUAGAAUUACUGUAGAGUAAUUAUAUUUUAUUUAUGGAAAGGUAUCACAAGAAAGUCGAAAGAAUAGAUGACUUAUCGGAAAUUCAAUGACGAUGAAAAGAGUUAUGGAUAAAAGUGUUGGUAUUAUAUAAGAAUAUCAUGUUACCUUACUUAUAGAUACAUCUGUAUAAGGAUAAAAUACUACACAAUAAUGAUAAAGCUCAAUUAUCAUACGUUACAUCUAUAACGUAUGAGUUACGUAUGAUUAACGUAAGGUUUCAGAAAAUUUCGAUGUUUGUAAAUCUGAUGUAGAUGUCAGCACAAGUAUCAUGAUAUUCUUAAAACUCUUCACAUAAGCUCAACUAUCAAAUUUCAGAUAACUGGUCAUUCGAUCCUUACUUUAAAUAAAAUGUCUUACUCUGCUUAGGUAAAGAAAAGUAAAGUUUGUUAUUGAUAAAGAUAUUAAGAAUGAAUUCUUUUGAAAUUUUUUGGUUUGACGUCAUUAGUUACGGGACAAUGUGCACGACUCUUUCAAUGAAUGGAAAAUCCUAUGUGCAAUGUACUUAUUUAGAUAAUGCAUAAAAUAUAUAUUAGCAACAACAGAUACAUAAAUUAAUUUGGGUACAAAAGAAUGAGGAAACAUUAGAAGUCAUAUAAAAAAGUGUAAAAUUAAAGUUUCUAUAUUUUCAAAGAAAGAGUUCAUAGGCGAUAGAAGGAAAAAAAAACUUUAUAAUGUUAAAUAUCAUAAUGAAACAUUCAGAAAUUAUAUGAAAUGAUAAUUGUUUCAAUGUUUCGAAUCAAAGUAGUUUUUUUUUCUUUGUUCUUUUCAUUUGUUUGAUAUUAUUGAACCUCGAUCAUGUUACGUACAUAUAUUUUUAAAAGAAGAGUUGAAUUUGCCAUAAGAAUUAAAUAAUCUACGUCUGUGUAGCAUACCGAUGUAGUUCGAGAAAUAGAUACUCACAAAACUGCAUUCAUUAUGAUAAUUUUAAUUAAAGGAAAGUGAAUCAUUUUGUCGAUAUACCUAGAUUGUGUGCCAUUGUGUUUUAUUUGCAUCUUUCUUUUCUCAUUUCAAGUUUCUUUUUCUCUUUUAUGAUUUUACAUUGAAUGCGCGCUGCUCUUGUGACAAAAGCUCAUCUUUUAGAAAAGCUACUUCUUGGAAGUAUUCUUAAUUCUCUGAAUGUCUGACUCGAUUCACAAGAAUAUCUUGCAGUCAUUGUAUCUAAUGUUUCGUUUUUGAGAAUUAGCAUAUCUAGCAUAAUUUUUCAGUUUAUGAAUCAUAAUUUUUUAAUAAAUAUAUAAAUGAAAUUGUGUGUCAUCUUGUUUUUAAGAAACCUCAGAGUUAUAUCGAUAGAUAAUAUUAAGCAUGAUAAAAAUAGUCUACCCAUAUAAAAAUGAAAUUAGAUGACAUGAAAAUGCAAGCUACAUAUAUGAUGUUCAAUGUUUACUCAAGAUUCAAUUAUUUUUAAAAUUUACGUAUACUCUUACAUAUACAAAUCUUUCAUACUGUCAACCCUCCCUCCCCCCAAAAGAAGAAUAUUGCAACAAAAUGUUUCUGAAAAGAUUCAAUCGACCAUUUAAUCUGUCUAAGUUGAAAACAACAAUAUCUAUUCAUGAACUCAAAUUUUUUCUGUUCUCAAGUUUUGAAAGUACCUAAAACUUUUUAUUUAAAAAUCUAUCUUUUGCUGAAAAAGUUGUAUGAUAGAAAGAAAACGUUCACCAUCCCUUAAUGUAACAUGUAAAAGAGUUUUAAUUUUAAAAGUUUUUUUCUUUUCUUGUCUGGAGAUUAUUACAGUAUGAUUUUAAUAGAAGUUUGUAUUUUAAUUUUAUUGUUUAAUAAAAGUUUUUUGAUUGAGUAAUUAAAAGAUUCUUUUUAUUUUGUGUUUACUUAUCUACUUUAUGAUUAUUAUUUAAAUAUUAGAAA